AUGGCCCAUCCUUACUACCCCUCAGGGGAUGAGGUCGGUCUUGAUCAACAAUCCAGACAUGAGGCUCAUUCAGUAUCACCUUCAAUUCGACAGGAUGGCCAACAGGAGCUGGUGGAGAGAGGCACGAGUUCCGUGAGUCCUGCUCUAGAGAUCGACGGCAGAAGUCGGAACUCUACCAGGCGCCGUAUCCAAGUCGCAUGCAAUCGAUGUCGCAAAAGGAAGAUCAAAUGCAGCGGGGAUAUUGGUGAUGGACAAGGAUGUUCGAACUGCCAGGCCUCUGGGAAUACGAAUUGCCAGUUCUUAAGGGUCAAUUCAUCAAUGCUCCAGACAAAAGUGGUGGCUGGGUGGCCGUAUGGUUCUCCAUCCCAACGGCUAGGAGUGUAUCCACAUGUGGCCCAAAGGCCUGGACUAGUGUCGACAAACUCCCCCGGUGUGCGGUUUGGGUCCUUCUCGCGACCAUCUGGUUACGAUCUAGGUACAUUCGGCCCUCAGCAUUCAUCUAGCCGACAGCCUUUCAGUCUUGAUCACACGGCCAACUACGAGGAUGAGCCGACUGCAUACAAUCCUCAGUCAUCAUACAUGUUUCCCAGCUCGCAGCAAGGUAUCCUGGCGGACUAUUGUGGGCUUGCAUGGAACACCAAGGCAUGGAAUUCUAACGUCCAGAUCAACAAGGCGCAGAGCGGAGCAGCGUUCCCUACCCAAGAUGCAGAGAACACCAUUACCUCAUCCUCAUAUCCCUUCUUGUUCUCAGGCCAAGGAACUCAAUCGACUGACGUUCCCAUUGUACCAACAAUGGCAUGCACGCCGUCUGAUGGACAAAGCGCCGAUCAGGCGUUACCAAAAGCAUCCGGCCGCAGCCAGCUCCAGAUGGGUAUAUCUUCUCUAAGCGCGACUCCUGAAGCCAUGUCCGGAUUGCUGUUGUCCCCGGAAUAUAGAUAUGGACAUCAUCUAGCCACAAGAGCCUCCAUCUCGAGUAGUGGCCGCCCGAGCAUGCAGCUUGGCUCGAACGGGAACUUUGGUGGUACCCUCUUGAACCAGAAAAGGAAGGCGAGUCAGUCAAGUGCACAGGACAUAAUGUUCGAUUAUCUGCCCAUAACAUCGGCUGGGCCGCCCUCACAUCUUGGCCCCUCUACUGGUACAGCACUCACCACUUUCGAGACGCUUGAUUCAACCGAUGACUUCCAAGCGAGCACAGAAGGCCGAUCAAUAAGAUCAUUUCCCCGGGACAGAGGACGUUUCGUAUCUAUGAUGGGCUGUGGCUCCGAUAUCUACGGAUAUAGCAGCAGUGAAAAGAGCAAGAACCGGUCUGAGACGGGCGAUACUGGAUCCACGGCUACCCUGAUGAACGGCCUUCCCUACACUCGCCCGAGGCAUGCGGAUACUCAUAGCACCAUACCAUUUGACCUCCUCGCAACCGAUGUCUUACCGGAAUAUCGAGCAUCAGCCGAGCUGCAGCGAACAUCCGUCUCAGCUCUGAGUAACCCGGGUGGCUUCUGA